UCCAUCCACUUUUCUAUCCACCCCACAAGCAUUGGGCACAAUGAAGUGGGUAACCUUUAUUUCCCUUCUCUUCCUUUUCAGCUCUGCUUAUUCCAGGGGUGUGUUUCGUCGAGAAGCACACAAGAGUGAGAUUGCUCAUCGAUUUACAGAUUUGGGAGAAGGACAUUUCAAAGGCCUGCCGACCUGGCCAAGUACAUUUGUGAGAAUCAAGAGACAAUCUCCAGUAAGCUGCAGGAGUGCUGUGCAAAGCCCGUGCUGGCAAAAUCCCACUGCAUUGCGGAGAUCCAAAGAGACGAAAUACCUGCGGACUUGCCUGCAUUAACUGCUGUCUUUGUUGAAGAUAAAGAUGUCUGCAAACACUACGCUGAAUCAAAAGAUGUCUUCCUGGGCACAUUCUUGUAUGAGUACUCAAGAAGGCACCCAGAGUUCUCUACUGGAAUGCUGCUGCGACUUGCCAAGAGCUAUGAAGCCACCCUGGAGAAGUGCUGCGCCGAAGCCGAUCCUCACGCGUGCUACGCCAAAGUGUUUGAUGAGCUUCAGCCUCUGAUAGAUGAGCCUAAGAAUUUAGUCCAACAGAACUGUGAACUUUAUGAGAAACUUGGAGAGUAUGGAUUCCAAAAUGC